AUGACCAGAUCUAUCGGGAUCGAGGAUGUUCGGCUGAGCAACCCGCUGGAUUUCGAAAGCGCCCUCAAUAUCCCGAGACUUGAAGAGUCCGAUCAAAAGUAUAACGCAGCAACACAACAAGAUAAAGAGAACGAUGAGGAUAUCGCGCCCGUUCCCUUUCCCGUGGCCAUCGUGGGCAUGGCCAUGAGACUCCCCGGCGGCGUCAACGGCGAGAAGGACUUCUGGGACUUCCUGAUCAACAAAAAAGAUGGCCACUGCAAAGUCCCCGAGAGCCGAUACAACAUCGAUGCCUUCUACCACAAGGACUCCAUCCCGGGCUCUAUCCGCACCCAGCACGGCUACUUCCUGCAGCAGGACAUCGCGCACUUCGACGCGGGCUUCUUCGGCAUCAGCAAGAUCGAGGCCUCAAAGCUUGAUCCGCAACAGCGAAUGCUGCUCGAGAUCAUCUGGGAGUGCAUGGAGAACGGAGGGCAGACGCAGUGGCGCGGUAAGAACACCGGAUGCUACGUCGGUGUCUUUGGAGAGGACUGGCUCGAUCUGAGCAGUCGCGAUCCGCAGGCCAACGACCGCUACCGGGUGGUGAGCGCGGGGGAUUUCGCGCUCGCGAACCGCGUCUCGUACCAGUAUGACCUGCGCGGGCCGAGCAUGACGCUGCGGACGGGCUGUUCGUCUUCGCUGGUCGGGCUGCACGAGGCCUGCCAGGCGUUGUACGCGGGGGAGUGCUCUGCUGCCUUGGUCGCGGGGACGAAUCUCAUUCUCACGCCGACGAUGACCACGAGCAUGUCGGAGAACAUGGUUAUCUCGCCCAGUGGAGUCUGUAGGACGUUUGACGCCGCGGCCGAUGUCCGAGCGGUCAUCCGAUCGAUUGCUGUCAAUUGUGAUGGCAAGACUCCCAGCAUCACCACCCCUGGAUUGGAGGCGCAGGAGAGACUGGUACGACGGACGUACAGAAAGGCGCUGAUUGACGAUAUCGCCCGGACGGGAUUCUUCGAAUGUCACGGAACAGGCACCAUUGUGGGUGAUACGGCCGAGACUUCUGUAGUGGCCAAGAUAUUCGGCAAGGAUGGGAUACACAUUGGCGCUGUGAAACCGAAUGUCGGCCAUUCCGAAGGUGCAUCGGGCAUCACCAGCGUCAUCAAAUGCGUUCUGGCGCUGGAAAAUAGGGUCAUCCCGCCAAAUGCGUACUUUGAGCAGCCGAAUCCCAAUAUUGCUUUUGAACAGGCAAAACUCCAGGUGCCCGUCAACGCAACGCCGUGGCCGUCGGAUCGGCUCGAACGAGUGAGCCUCAAUUCAUUCGGUAUCGGCGGAACCAAUGCCCAUCUGAUCAUGGACUCGGCCGCUUCUGUACGGGGAGAGCGAGAGACGCGAGCCCCAGCAGAACAGGCCUAUUCUCUUCUACUACUCUCUGCGAAGACACCCAAGUCUCUGGACGGCAAUGUCGAGGCAAUCCGCCACUACUUGGAGGCUAGCCCGGGUACUCGACACGACUUGGCUUAUACGCUGGCAUUCCGACGCACGCAUCUGUCUUACAAGGCUUUUGCCAUCGCUCAGAAAGAUGGCUCCCUCAUUGCUGUGGAACGAGGCCGGCGGAUAGAUCCCAAUCCUGUCUUUGUCUUUAGUGGACAAGGCGCUCAAUGGCCCGGUAUGGGGAGAGAGUUGUUGCUUCAAUCGGAUAGUUUCCGCGAGAGCAUUCGAGAACUGGAUAGGAUCUUGCAGGACCUCAAGCCUGCUCCCGAUUGGAGCAUCGAAGACGAAUUAUGUCACUGCGAUGAUGCUAGCCGAAUGAGCGACCCUCGACUUGCCCAACCUCUAUGCACGGCAGUUCAGAUCGCUCUGGUCAACCUCCUCCGCGACUGGGGUAUCCUGCCGUGUGCCGUCGUUGGACAUUCCAGUGGGGAGAUUGCCGCGGCCUAUGCAGCGGGGGCAAUUUCAGCUUCGACUGCCAUUGCCGUAGCGUACCCUCGCGGCCGGGCAAUGGACGCCUUGACAAAACGAGGAGCCAUGGCGGCGGUUGGGCUAGGUCACAAUGAAGUGAAACCGUAUUUGAGGGAUGGAGUGGUGGUCGCCUGCGAGAACAGUCCGAAGAGCGUGACCAUCUCGGGUGACGAGCAGGUCCUGGACUCCGUUCUUCAAGCGCUGGAAGCCGAGGAAAUCUUUUGCCGCCGGCUGGCUGUCAAAGUUGCGUACCAUUCGCACCAUAUGAAGGAGGUCGGCGGCUCGUUCGAGGGAUCCUUGCCUGGGGUUGAUCACGGCAACGGCUCCAUGACUCCUAUGUUUUCCACAGUCACAGGCGAGGUAAUGACGGAUCCGACUCAUUUCACCCCAGCAUACUGGCGGCAGAACCUGGAGUCCCCGGUCCUCUUCAGCACGGCUAUCCAAAAGAUAUUGAAGGAGAGCGGCCCUGGUCUCUUCGUCGAGCUAGGACCCCACUCGGUCCUCUCUGCACCUCUACGCCAAAUGUUCUCCCAGCUAGACGAGAAGAAACGACCCGCAUACGUGCCCACUCUGAUCCGGAAGGAAGACCAAUGGAAAUGCAUCCUGGCUACCGCAGGCCAUCUUCACAUCCACGGCGUAUCCGUGCACUUAUCCACUCUCAUCCCUCCAGCCAACAUCCUGACAGACCUGCCCCCGUACGCCUGGGAGCAUGGAGAGCGCUACUGGAGCGAGACCCGGCUCACGCACGACUGGCGGUUACGGCAGCACCCGCGCCACGAGCUACUCGGCCGUCGAACCCUCGAGUCUAGCGAUAUCGAACCGACGUGGCGCAAUCUCCUCCAGGUCGAGAAUGUGCUCUGGCUCCUGGACCACAAAAUUGGCGGCGAGGUGGUGUUUCCGUGUGCGGGGUACGUCGCCAUGGCCGGGGAAGCCAUCCAUCAGAUAUCCGGCGCCGCAGACUAUAGUAUCCGCAACCUCUUCAUGCGGACAGCGCUGGUCCUAGGACAGACAGAGCCGGAGGGUCUUGAGAUGGUAACGAGUCUUCGCCCUGCCCGGCUGGCGGACAAUCUCGAUUCAGAGUGGUAUGAAUUCACGAUUAGCGCGUAUCAACACGGCAAGUGGAGGAAGCACUGUAUCGGACAGAUUCGAUCCGGCCCUGCUAUGGAGCACCCAGCGCUGGGUGUCAACGGAUACUCACGCGAGAUAUCGUCGGAAAAGUGGUACGCUGCCCUGCAGGACCGAGGACUAGAGUACGGCCCGCAGUUCCGCGGGCUGCAGAACAUCACGGCUAGUCCCUCUGAUUCGAAGGCAGCUGCGAUGGUGCAAGAUGUAGAGAACUAUUACGUCAGUCGCUACGCUUUGCAUCCGAUUCUGAUCGAUCAGUGUUUGCGGCUGCUGAGUGUUGCGGCCACGCAGGGAAUCAGCCGGCGCAUGACACGGCUCUGCAUCCCCACCGCCAUCGAGAGCUUGUACGUUGCCACAGGGCGCGGGAAAAUGGCUCUAGAUGUCUCCUGUGACAUGGGUGGAAGCACAAUGACCGGAGACGCCCUGCUGAUUGCGCAGGACGAGGUGGUUCUUUCCAUGCGCCGUGGCGUCUUCUUCGGGGUGUCCGAGUCGGCAUUGGAGGAUGCAGAGGUGCCGCUGGCAUCGACGCUGCACUGGAAGCCACAUGUGGACUUGGUGGAUCCCGAGAAGCUCUUCCCAAUCGAGAGAAAAUCGUAUCCCGGGGAUGUAGCGGAUGAGCUCAUCAGACUGAUGAUCGUGGAGAGCUACCAUCGAACCAAGUCGUGUUUACCGGAAAAGGAACAUCUCAGGCAUUACAAAUCCUGGCUCGACGGGGCGUACGCAAGAUUCAGCCACGAUGACGGCCUAUACUGCCGUGAACAGGAAGCCUGUGCCAUGAAGUCUGCACAUCGAUAUCACCGGAUUGAGGAGAUCCUGGGACGCCAGGACAAUCCUUUUCUGUUGAGUUACUUUAAGCUCGCGCAGCGAGUGCUAUCUCACAUUGAAGAUAUCCUCAAUGAUAAGCUCGAACCGCGCGAGCUCUUAGAAGAAGACGGCGGGACGCACCAGCUACACGAAAGCAUGGCGCAGAUGGCACAGUGGGACGACUUCCUCUCAGCCAUGGCCCACUCGAAGCCUUCCCAUCGAAUACUAAAAAUUGGUGCUGGAAAUGGCAGCAUCACCUCCGUCGUCCUCAAGGGACUUUCUUCGGCAUCCGUCUAUAGCAGGACGAGAAUGUACGCCAAGUAUACAUUGACAGACACUUCUACCGACAACCUGUCUCGACUGAAAGAAAGAUUCAAAGAACACUCUGCUCUCGAGUAUCUCCCACUGGACAUUACAAAAGAUCCCUUGACGCAAGACUUUGAGGCCGGCAGUUACGAUUUGGUUAUUGCAUCCAACCUCCUCCAUACAACGCCUCAAAUCGUCGAGUCUCUCGGCCAUAUCCAAAAACUCCUUGCCCCGGGUGGACGGCUUUUGCUCCAUAAAAUGACAAACACUUUUCCUCUUCUUGACUAUGUUAUGGGCAUUCUUCCCAGCUGGUGGAGGGAACACGGUAGCAAAGCAGGUCUAUCCCGAGAGGAAUGGCAUCAGAAAUUACUAGAGGCAGGGUUCACUGGUGCCGAUGUCUUCUCCUACAAUAACAUGGAGCCGUACGAGAUCACUGCCAGCAUUCUGUCUAGCCUUCCGCGUGGUUCCAUCGACAAAGGAACAGUUACUCUUCUCUCCCGCGGCCCCAGUUCGACGUGGGCUCGAGCAUUUCAAGAACGCCUCACAGCCGAAGGAUUUGUCGUCCAAUGCUCGACGCUAUAUGACGAUACUGCCGUCGCCGAAGACGUCAUAUCUCUACUUGACGCUGAGGGCCCCUUCUUUCACGAUAUCUCCAGCAAGGACUUUGAGGCGUUUCAGACAUUUGUCAAGAAGAUCGAGGGCCACCUGCUGUGGGUGACACAGUCAGCUAUAGCGGCAGAUAGAGAGCCAAACCCGGAAUUUUCUCUAGCUUUGGGGAUGAUGCGUACCUUGCGCCAAGAGACGGCUUUCAGAACGACCACCGUGGAAGUGGACGACUUCCAUCUCCAGUCAAUUGAUAUAAUCUUGGAGGUGUUUCAGAAAGUACGAGGAAAUACGGAAAAGAGUCAGGAGAUUGCGGAUCGGGAGUUUGCGAUUAGGAAUGGCGUUGUUCAUGUGGGCCGUUUCCAAUGGACUUCGCUGGACGAUGUCCUCAAUCAUACGGACAACGCCCAGCACAGAGCGAUAGACGUCAAAUGCUUUGGCGUUAUGGAUUCUAUCACAUGGAUGUUGGAUGGCAGACCUCCACCGGUAGAAGAUGAUGGUGUUGAAGUAGAUAUCAAGUUCGUCGGACUGAAUUUCCGCGUGAGUAGCUCUCUCUGGCCGAGAGACAGUCCGCUAACCAAUGGACAGGAUAUCAUGGUUGCCAUGGGGCUCAUGGGAGAAACAGGACAUAUUGGUCUGGAAGCCAGUGGCAUUGUCCGUCGAGUUGGCGCAGGAGUGGCAGAUAUCCGCCCUGGAGAUCGCGUCGUAACGGCUGGAAGAGGACUGAUGGCGACGAGACGGAUCCUCCGCGCUGGGAGUUGCCUCGUGAUCCCUGAUAACCUCUCCUUGGAGGAUGCUGCGGCUGGUGCAUGCGUCUUCACGACGGUUUCUUAUUCCUUGAUACACUGCGCAAACCUUCAGAAGGGACAAACUGUCCUUAUCCACAGUGCGUGUGGCGGCGUCGGCCUGGGAGCCAUACAGAUAUGCCAGAUGAUCGGAGCGGAGAUCUUUGCGACAGUGGGUAGCCAGGAGAAAAAGGAGCAUCUCAUGGAGCACUAUGGUAUUCCUGAAGAUUGCAUCUUCGAUUCACGGAGUACGUCUUUCCAUGCGGAUGUGAUGAGAAUGACCAACAACCGAGGCGUGGACCUGGUACUGAACUCUCUCGCCGGCGAGCUCCUUCACGCCUCCUGGAGAUGCGUCGCCCCCUUUGGAAAGAUGAUCAAGCUUGGCAAGAGGGACUUUCUGGGCCACGGUAAACUAGACAUGGAUCUCUUUGGAGGCAACCGGUCGUUUAUCGGUGUGGAUCUCCUCCAGAUCCAGAUGGAGAACCCGCAAUUUCUCUCUACCCUGAUGAGGAGAUACUUGCAGGAUAUACGUGAAGGCGCCAUCCAGCCACUCAAGCCCGUCACCGUUUAUGACGCAGCAAAUAUAGCCCAAGCAUUCCGGUUCAUGCAGUCUGGCAAGCACAUUGGGAAGCUUGUCAUCCGGAUGCCCGAUGAGCCGUCGAGUCUGCCAGCAUCCGGGCUACAUGAACGAGGGUCUCUUUUCAGCUCGAACACCUCCUACCUUCUGGUAGGCGGAUUUGGGGGGCUUGGGCGCGCGGUAGCCACUUGGAUGGUGGAGAAGGGUGCCAGAAACUUGGUCGUUCUGUCUCGCUCUGGUGACGAAUCGCCUACGAAUCGUGCCUUCGUCCGGGAUUUGGAAAGCCAGGGCUCCCAUGUUACAACAGUUACAGGCAGCGUGGCCAAUAUGCAGGAUGUACGGCGAGCGGUUGCGGCAGCGACACAGCCCAUUGCUGGGGUGAUCCAAAUGUCCAUGGUCUUACGGGUAAGAACCUUCGUCCAUGUUAUACAGUGUUAUGCUGAGUCGUUACAGGACCAAUUGUUUGAAAAGAUGACCCACGAGGAAUGGAAGACCGCGCUUGCGCCAAAGGUAGAGGGAACGUGGAAUCUCCACAGGGCCGUGGAGGGCCUGUCCCUGGAUUUCUUCAUUCUCUUCAGCUCCUUGACUGGCAUAUGCGGUCACUCCGGCUCGGCCAACUAUGCUGCUGCAAACACCUUCCUGGACUCUUUCGUCCAAUAUCGCCAGUCCCAGGGCCUCCCAGCCAGCGUACUUGACAUUGGUUUUAUGGGAGACAUCGGAUACGUCUCCGAACACGCACCACGGACACUUGAAUACAGUCGCUCCAUCUCAUGGCAGAUCCUCAAGGAACGCAAUCUCCUGCAAGCGCUGGAACUCGCUGUCCUUGGGGGACCACCGCAGCUGGCCGUCGGGCUCGGUACCACCAGGGCCAUAUCUGAGCUAACGUCCGGUGCCCCGUGGGGACAGGACGCUCGCUUUGACGCAUGGAGCAAUGUCCUGGCCGAGAGCGAUAACGGUGGGACGGGGCAAGGGGAGGAACUGAAAAAGUUCCUCGCAUCGGUAGAGCAGGAUCCGACGUUGCUGGAUGACCAGGCCACAGAAGACCGCAUUACCUAUGAACUGGGCAAAAUGAUCGCCUCGCAUAUGUCGUACCCGGAGGACAUGGAGCUGGAGGAUCUCGCCAACAUUGCAAUUGAUUCGCUGAUGACUAUUGAGAUCCGCAGCUGGUUCAGGCGACACGUCAAGGUCGAGAUCUCCUUGGUCGAGAUCUCCAAUGCGGGGACUGUGAGAGGAUUGAGCAAGACCACGAUUAAGAUCCUCCGCGACAAGUAUGCAAGUGGGGAGCUCAAACAGGGAGAAUCCAUUGUAACCAAUCUGGCGGAAACUGCGCCCGAUGAGAUGUGUCUUUGCCGGCAGGAUAGGGAUUUGGGAACAGACAUGCACCCCAUCGCCGGCGCAGUACCAGACUGGUAUGCCCCAGGGGAAGGCCGCGUCUUCCUCACCGGCGCCAGUGGAUAUCUGGGGACCUUUUUCCUGAGUCUCCUGGCCGGCUUGCCGCACGUCCUGGGAAUCGCAUGCUUAGUCCGAGCGCCUGACGCAGCGGCAGGAUUGUCCAGGCUUCAAAAAGCCCUGGAGGAAUACGGCCUACCUUUUGACUUUGCCUCCAAGCUGGUCAUAAUUCCAGGAGACGUUGCCGAUCCCACGCUCGGCAUCGGAGAGGACUCCUUCAAGGAAUGGGCCGCACGAUGCAGCGUCGUCUUCCACCUUGCCGCGUUUGCGAAUUAUACUCUUCCCUACUCGGCGCAUCGAGACGCAAACGUCCUCGGCCUCGUCAACAUGCUACGCUUCGCCAACACAGGCCGCCUCAAGCCCAUCCACUUUACCUCGAGCAUCUCCGCUUGUGGCGUGUCCAAGUACCUCACAGGACAGCUCAUUCCAGAGAACGAACGGCUGGGCUUCGAUCUGGACGACAUACAGCAACACAUCGGGUACACGCAAAGCAAAGUCGUCGCCGAGCAGAUCGCCUGGAACGCCAUGGCCAACGGUCUGCCAGUGACCAUCCAUCGUCCCGGCUUCGUAUCCGGCCACAGCGUCACGGGAACAUGCAAGACAACCGACGUUCUCAACCGACUGAUGGCAAGCUGUAUCCGGAUCGGCCACUACCCCAUUGCUCCGCCGGUGCGCAACCAGUUCAUCCCGGUCGACUUCGUCUGUUCAGCCCUGCUGCGUAUCUCGCUUGUCAGCGGGACAGCGGGGCAGGCUUACAACCUCGUUCAGCCCGAUCAGUCCCGGACAAUCACCUGGAAUGAAACGUUUGGGCAACUGAGCCGGUUGUGCUCGCCUGCUCUGCGGCGUGUGAGCUCCGAUGAAUUCAUUCGGAUCUUUGCGGAGAAAGAGGGACAGCGGAUGAAGGCUGGGGUGUCCAUGUUGGAGGAUAAGCUGCGGGAGAACAUGAUCUUCUGGGGAUUGGAUGGGGGCACCAUGGCGGUUUAUGAGACGAGGAACAUGCGUGAGGCACUGGCCGAGUUUCCAGAGGUGUUCCAGGUGCCUGAUACUGCGGAGUUAUUGAGAAGAUACUUUCCUCUGCUCCCUGACGAGAAUUUUAUUCUCGUGGUCCUGGUGCGUGGACGGUGUGCAAUGAACGCAGCAGACGAUGCAGUCGAGCGCGCCGAGGCGGAUGCGAAUCCCGUCUCCUCGCGCGCGAGCCUCGAUUCCUCCUUCAGUUCUAGCAGCGAGGCAUCGCAGCCCCGGCUCCGAACCCUGUAUUCCCGACGCACCGAGACCGACCUCGAACGGUAUCAGACCUCAUCCCAAGCCCUAGAUCGCAUCGAAACCCAGCGCCUGCAGCAUGCGCUCACCGUCGGAGAGAGUGUCAAGUCGCAGAGCCGAGCGUCUGCCCGAGCGCCUCUGCCCGCGUUCGGAGCCGGCAAGCCCUAUCCCCCCCAGUUGCCCAAUCGGGAAGACUAUGUGAUUGAGUUCGACGGGACAGACGAUCCGCUGUAUCCUCAGAACUGGAGCACGCGCCGAAAGCUCUGCACGGGUGCUAUCCUCGCCUUCACGAGUAUCUGCUCGACCUUCGACUCGGCCGUCUUCUCCAGCUCCACCGGCAACGUCGCGCGCGUGUUCGGCGUCGGCGUCGAGGUCGCCACGCUGUCGAGUUCGCUGUAUAUCCUGGGCUACGCCUGCGGGCCGCUCCUCUGGGCGCCGUUCUCCGAACUGCAGGGCCGCCGGCUCCCCAUCCUCAUCGGGAUGCUGGGCUUUGGGAUCUUCAAUACGGCCGUGGCCGUCGCAAAGGACCUCCAAACUCUGCUGAUCUGUCGAUUCUUCUGCGGGGUCUUUGGCAGCUGUCCCCUCGCCGUCGUGGCGGCCAUCUUCUCCGAUAUCUUCGACAAUCGUUUCCGAGGGAUCGCGAUCGCCAUGUUCUCCAGUAUGGUCUUCCUCGGGCCCCUGCUUGCCCCCUUCAUCGGCGGCUUCAUCAACAUGUCGUAUCUCAGCUGGCGCUGGACCGCAUACAUCCCCGCCUUCAUGGGCUACGCGGCCCUCGUCCUCAACUUCUUCUUCCUCAAGGAGUCCUACCCGCCCGUCAUCCUCAUCUACAAGGCCGCCGAGCUGCGCCGCCGCACCAAGAACUGGGGCAUCCACGCCAAGCAGGAGGAGAUCGAAAUCGACCUGCAGGAGCUCCUCGUGAACAACUUCUCGCGUCCGCUGCGCCUGCUCAUCCGCGAGCCGCUGAUCCUGGCCGUCACCGUCUACCUCAGCUUCAUCUACGGGCUCCUGUACUGCUUCCUGACAGCGUACACCCUCGUCUACCAGGGGGUCUACCACAUGAACGCCGGGGUGGGCGGCCUCCCGCUCUUCGGGAUGGUGGCCGGCCUGCUCAUCGCGGGGACAUACAUCUGUCUGUUCGCGAGCAGAUCCUACAACAAGAAGCUGCAGGCGAAUGCUGGCAUCCCCGUCCCGGAAUGGCGCCUCCCGCCCGUCAUCGUCGGCGGGGCGCUCUUCGCGGCGGGGAUCUUCUGGUUCGGAUGGACGGGGUUCACGGCCGACGUGCCGUGGAUCGUGUCGACGCUGAGCGGUCUCUUCACGGGCUUCGGGCUGUUGAUCGUGUUCAUUCAAUUGUUCAAUUAUCUGAUCGAUACCUAUCUCAUGUUUGCGGCCUCGGCCAUCGCAGCAAACACGUUCUGUCGGUCCGUGUUGGCGGCCAGCUUCCCGCUGUUUUCGCGGCAGAUGUUUAAUAAUAUGGGCAUUCAGUGGGCUGCGACGCUGCUGGGCUGUGUUGCCACCGCUCUGGUGCCUAUUCCGGUGAUGUUCUACUUUUAUGGCAAGCGGCUUAGGAGGAAGAGUCGGUUUGCGCCGACCUUGGAGCUGGAUGAAACAGCGCAUGCGCCGACAGAGGCCGAGAAGGAGGGUGAAGACGCUAGGGACACCGAGGAGAGAAGUCAGUCGUGA